AGAGGCACAAGAGACAUUACACUGAUGAGAUUCACUCAUUAAUCCUAGUACUGAUAAUAAACAGGUGAGCCAAGUUUUGAAGCUUGGUAUCCUAAACUAAUAACAAUAACAAUUCUCAAUGUUUAGCAGUGAUGGGAGAGAGAGACAGUGUUUUUUCUAUUUAAUUCUACAUACACACACGAAGAAAGCUACAUGAAUGUAUUUGUAUUCUGAAUAACUGAUCUAUCAGAUCAUAUUAGUCUUAGUUUUGUUGGGUUUGAACUAAAUUGCUACAACUAAAGUGGAGUACAUCAGCAAGAGCACCUGACAAAGUACUACACCACAUUAAAGCUAGUCUUGCUCAUAGGUUUGACACCAAUACUGUAUUUAAGACAGGCUUGUGUUGUUCUGUAGGUCAUGUGAUCUGGUCCCUUCACUCUCUUUACACAUAGACUUGGACUAUAGAAGUCUUGGACUUAACUGUGACAUCCCUGACAUUUUCUAGGUCCAAAACGAAGAGCUAAUUGAAGGCCGUUAACAGACCCAUCUCCAUGACAACCGAGCAACCGUCUGCUGAUGAACACCAUGUAAUGCAGCUGAAAGCUGAAGCAAUGUCAGAAGCCAUGAGCUAUGUCAGGAUUUCCUACUAGAAGAGCCAACCUCCCAGGUCCAGGCUAUAGAGAAGGCAACUUGAAGAGAGGGUGGAUCCAAGAUUUGGUACCAUGUCAUAGGAUCGUAUUUUCAUCAAACAGACAACUACGCAUGGAUUUGUGAGAUAAAGUGCCGGCUCUGGCCCAGGCUGCAGCCAUGCCUCUUCUGGAAGAGACCACUCUACCACAGGAGCACCCACCUACUGUCCCUGUGGUCAUCAUAGGCAACGGACCAUCAGGUAUUUGUCUGUCCUACCUGCUGAGUGGAUACAAGCCCUACCUAGAUACGGCAACAGUCCACCCAAACCCAAUACUAUACAGGAAACUUCAGGAGACCAAGCACCUACCCAUUACUGAACAGGAUCUAGAAUAUUUGAGUGAAGGUCUUGAGGGAAGGUCAAGGAAUCCAGUGGCUGUGCUUUUUGACACACUGCUGCACCCCAAUGCUGACUUUGGCUAUGAGUUCCCCCCUGUCCUUCAGUGGAGGAGGGACAAGCAGCAACACAUCCCACAUCUAGUCCUGGGUCGGGCAACACCUGGAGGUGCUUGGCAUGCAAUGGAAGGCUCUAUGCUGACUAUUAGUCUUGGCAUCUGGAUGGAGCUUCCCGGCAUCAACUACAGAGACCUGACCAACGGGAAACGCAGGGAUGUAACAAGUGACAGAGCCACCCCAGAGGAGAUUUCAUCCUAUUACCGUAACUAUGUGAAGCUAAAGGGCCUCCAAAAGAAUUUUGUUGACAACACCUACGUGACCUCCGUCCAGAAGCUCUGCCGGGGGCACGAGGGGGAAGGUCUGGAAAAUAGGCACAAUGAUCAAGGAGAUGUGAGGGUGGGAGAUGGUGGGAAUGAGGGUUUUGAGGGAAAUGGAGUUGAGUGUGUAAACAACGGAGGAGGGGGGGCCCUCUGGGAAGUAAGGGGAUACCAACAGGUUCAGAACGACACUCACGUCCCUUUCUCUCUGUUUGCUGAGAAUGUAGUUCUGGCCACUGGUGCAUCCGAUUCACCGAUUCGAUUAGGUGUAGAGGGAGAGGACCUACCAUUUGUAUUCCACAGUAUCUCAGACCUGGGCCUGGCCGUGAGCACAAGAAAGCUGGAUAUGAACUCUGAUCCAGUUUUAAUUGUAGGUGCUGGUUUGAGUGCGGCAGAUGCAGUUCUAUGCGCUUGCAACAGCAACAUUAGAGUGUUGCAUGUCUUUCGUAAGAGCAUUGACGACCCAGAUCUCAUCUUCAAACAGCUGCCCAAGACCCUGUACCCAGAGUAUCACAAAGUUUACAACAUGAUGUGCUCUCAGACCUACACCAAUGUGGCUCCCUCCUCUGCUCCCAACAGACCCCAGGCAGUUAGUAUUGCCUCUUCAGUAUGUGCCAAGAUGUGUCCAAAGCCCCAACUUGCUGCAGGUAACAUUGCUGGUAAUGCCAGUGUCAGCCUGUUUCCUGACUACACCAGUUUCUCAGAGCACUGCGUGGUGUCCUUCCAGUCUGACAUGAAAUGUUUGCUGCAGGGGAAAAACUCUCUCAAGGCAUUCAAGAUCUCCAUGGUCCUGGUACUGAUCGGGACCAAUCCAAACUUAUUUUUCUUGAAGGGGCAAGGCCAGUACCUGGGUCAGGAUCCAACAAAACCCAUCUCCUGCAAGCAGAACCCAAUUGACAUCCACCCCUAUACUUUUGAGUGUGCCAAGGAACCAGGUCUGUUUGCCAUGGGCCCGCUGGUGGGAGACAACUUUGUUCGCUUUUUGAAGGGUGGUGCUUUGGGCAUUGCCUCCUGUCUGCUGAAGAGACUCAAGAAGAAAGGGAAGCUCAUCAGCAAUGGAGGGAAUAACUUCAUUUGAAAACAUGAUGGAUAAAAAGAGCAGUACACGUUGGUCACAGGGCACAGAUUUUUAGUGCUUUUACCAACUGAUGUAAAAGGCGUGGGGGAGUCUUAAUAUGUUUUAAUCAUUAAUGCAGUGUUUUCUCAUCAAAGCUUAGGCAUUUUUACAACUUUCUGAGACCAAAAAGACAGUGGAUGUACACUAAUUAGUUUCUAAAGAAACAAAAGACAACUUUCAAGAGUGUUGUCUGACUUCAUAAGAAGUCCCAAGAAGUCCAAGCUACCGUGUGCCAAUGUUUUCUAGUCAAUCUGUAACCUCACAACUGAAUGGGACCUUAUUUUCAUCAGGGUUAUUUAUUUGUUCACCAUGUGUCUUUCUAUCCAUUUACUAACAAACUUUACUUGCUGUCGUAUCACAAUUUAAGUAUUGUUUCUCCAAACUUACUACUAGUACUAAAAAGUAGAGGCAACUUCUCUAAUUCUUCAUGCAACAUAUAGCUUUAGUUGUGUCAGUCAUGAGCAAUUGCAGAGCAAUCUGCAAUCCCACUUACAAACGUACGAUGAUCUGAACUCUACGCAACAUAACCACGAGUGGUGACUGUCUGCAAUCAGAGAUGCACACCAGAUUUAUCCAGUAACGUGUGAACUGACAAGUUCAUGGCUUCUCAAACUUAAUGUUCCUGAUUAUUCUGAGCCUAUCAUGUGUUCUUUUCCCCUCUUUUUCCUUACUUCAAAGAUUCUUCUUUUAGCUGCUAUUGUAGGUAGUUGGAGCCAUAUACCUAAAAAGUUAGAGAAAUCUAAUAAAUCUGACUUGUUACUUUUAUUAUACUGCUACUAAAAGGCUUUCUAUGCAAAUAAUUUCACUUGCAGAUCUGAAUGUAUUCUACGACACCCAUUGCUAAUUUUACUAUGGGCAGCAAAUUUGGAUUCAAGUAUCCUGGCCAAAGUUAUGGUCAUUAAAGAAUCAUUCUGGUGUUUUUCAUUUUUCUUCUUUUUCAUUUACCUCUAACAAAAUGAAGAUCUUCACGUUCCACUACAGUGAAUAUAGAAAAUCUUUUAUAUUUGUUUAGAUUUGCAUUCAGACCAACACAAACCUCACAACACAAGAGACUACUAAAUGCACUGCAACCUUUUCCCUAUAAUAAUAUUUAAUAUUAUUUUCUCCCCCUGGGUUUUUUUCCAGACCAAAAAAUAUUUCACAGCCCACUCUGAAUUCUGAUACGUAGAAACUUCUCACAUAUUUAACCUAUGCUUUGAACUAAAGAUGGACAUUUUGUUUACUGAGAGAAGUGUAAGUAAGUGUAAGAAAAUAGGAUAAAACAAGAAGCACCAGUAUGAUGAACUGAGCCUUUGAAGAUAUUUGCCAAUUGCAUCAUGAAGAGAAUAUAGUGAAAAAGUAAAACAACUACAGCACAAAUUCUGCUGUGCCAGCUCACCUGUAUCUAACAGAAUUCACAUAGAUACACUUGGAGAGAAGGUUCUUUAAAAAACAGAAAAAAUAGGAAAAGCACACUUGCGAAAUAAUCAUUUUUGAAAUCAUACCUUCCAAAUAGUUUAUUUUUCUAUUUUUAGAAAACCAAAUCUUAGCAUUCACUUUCUAUUUUUGUAAUGACAUUACGCAUUUUUUAAAAAUGUUUUGGCUAUCCCUGUGAAGAAUAACAUUUAAACUCCAUCUUGAAUUAUUCAUAUGGCCUGAGUGCAAGACUCAAUUAAUAUAUCAGUAAUUAUUAUCGAUCAUCUGUAAUUGUAGUCAUACCAUUGAAUUUUCCUAAUACUGUGACACAGUUUUGUUAAUACUACACUAAACAGCAAAUACAAGUCAGACUAUUUUUGAGAUACACCAACAAGGCAAGUUCAUAUGUAAUUUCCCUAAUCGUAUUGACUUUUUUUUUCAUUCCCCCUCCGCUCUGUAUGUGCAUCUAUAUAUAUCUAUAAAUUAUUCUGCCAUUUUUUAAUUCAGCUUCACAGUAAACAGCCACUACUGUUUUUUUAAGUGCCAAAUAACAGUUUAGUGAGGUUAUGAGCAGUGACAGUAGCAAUCUAUUUCCCUUUUCUGCUACAUUUUGCAUCCUUUCAGUCAUUUAAACACUGUCUGUGUUGCCAUAUGGAUAUUUCUUUUGUGUGUGCUGCUCACGCACAGCCCAAGGUUUGUUUAUUGUGAUGUGACAUUUUGAUCCAUGUGUAGGGAAAUUCUUCUUUUGCCCCCCUCAUAUAAUACAAUAAUCUAAGUCAGUGUUGGGGGUGAAACGUUAUAAUAAAUAAUGUUAUGUAGUCAUAUUAAUUUUUCCACUAACAAAGUAGUUUAACACGUUACUGUUUAAGUUUUGGUAACAUAUAACAGUUAACUAGUGGAAAUGUUGUUACUUGUGCUAAAUAUUGAAUUUCAGCUGAAUUAUUCCUUGAUGCUUUUUUCACUGACUUCUGAAUAUUGUUUUGAUAUAAAUAUUAAAUAUAUGCAUGCAGGCAUGAAUGACUGCCUAGCAGCAGCUGCUUUGAGCAGAAGACAGAAAAGUGCUACAAGGAUGGAUGUGUUAAGAGUUUUAGCCAGUACAUUAAAAACAGGAGUGCAGAGAAGACAGGAUGACUCAAAAAUGGAGAUAUCUCUUAUUGUUUUGAGCUUACUUCAAGGAAAGAUAAUUAAAAAAAAAUAUGACCCUGUUACAUCCAGGUCGGACACACCUGUCCACAGCUGUCAACUCCAAGAGCAAAUGUGGUUGCUUAGUAAAGCACAGACAGGUUUAUUUUGUGUCCAUCCAUGUACUUUCAAUUUUAUUACAGGCUUAUAUUGAUUUUUAGAAAGAAACUAAGUACAUAGUUAAGUAGUAAGCAAAAUAAUCCUGUUGCAAUUUAGAGAAACCAACUGUCUUUCAAGGUCAGUCUCCUAACUUAUUUUGGCCACUCUGCUGCUCGUGAAACAGACUUUUACUACUGCAUGAUUUCCGCUUAAUGCUGAGUUAACGCUCAACUCGUACAUGGCACUUGCUGUGAAUCUGAAGGGACAUGAGGGUUUCAGCUAUCUACGCAGAAAGGCCAACAGCUGUUUGGCAUGACAACUACUUACUGUAUCUGAACAGUUUCUGAUCUGUAAAAGUGCCUGAUUUGAGGGUUGGCUCAUCUGAGAUCGAUUAAGAAACGGUAACACUUGAAUCCCUCUCAAGUUUCUAGUUCAGCUAAAACCAGGGAACACAUUUGGUCUUAACUUCAAAACGAAGGAAAAGCUGCUUUCAGCAUGUAGAGUUUUAAUGCUCUCUUGUACAAUUGAAGAGUUUUUAAUGUUUUGUAUGCCGUAUUUUUUAUUAUUGACAAAUAAAAACUUCUCUGAAAAAACAAA